AAAGGUUCAUGAUCCCCCAAAGCUCACGGUCCAUGCAUCAUCAUUGACCAAGAUUCGAAGAAAAGAUCCAUAGUGUAUGCUUGCAUUGACCAAUGGGAGGUUGUAUCUCUAAGAGUUCGUGGAGCAAUGAAGAGCCUAUGCAUCGCCCGUGUCUCGGGAUGGGAUGUUGUGGGAGCAAAAUGGGGAGGAGAGGUUUUUCAGACCGCAUCGUUUCACUUCAUAACUUGGUUUCUAUACCGAAUCGGAUCAUUGGUAACGGAAAGAGCAGGAGUUCUUGCAUUUUCACUCAACAGGGACGCAAGGGUAUUAAUCAGGACGCAAUGAUUGUGUGGGAAGAUUUUAUGUCGAAAGAUGUUACCUUUUGCGGCGUGUUUGAUGGACAUGGUCCCCAUGGUCAUCUUGUUGCUCGUAAAGUGAGGGAUUCAUUGCCUGUAAAGUUGCUGUCUCUCCUGAAUUCUAUUAAGUCGAAGCAAAAUGGAUCCAUGGGAACUCGUACAAGCAAAUCCGAUAGCCUAGAAGCUGAGAAGGAAGAAUCUACUGCGGAGGACAACUUGAAUUUCUUAUGGGAGGAAGCUUUCUUGAAAUCAUUCAAUGCUAUGGAUAAGGAACUGCGGUCCCAUCCUAAUCUAGAAUGCUUUUGCAGUGGCUGCACGGCUGUUACAAUCAUUAAGCAGGGGUCAAAUCUAUUCAUGGGAAACAUUGGGGAUUCUCGGGCGAUACUUGGAUCCAAAGACAGCAACGAUUCGAUGGUUGCAGUUCAGCUAACAGUUGACUUAAAGCCUGACUUACCAAGGGAAGCUGAGAGGAUCAAACAGUGUAAAGGUAGGGUCUUUGCACUGCAAGACGAGCCAGAGGUGUCACGAGUUUGGCUACCAUUUGAUAAUGCUCCUGGAUUAGCCAUGGCUAGAGCUUUCGGUGAUUUCUGUCUGAAAGACUACGGUGUGAUUUCGAUACCAGAGUUCUCUCACCGUGUUCUUACAGAUAGGGAUCAGUUCAUUGUCUUAGCCUCAGAUGGAGUCUGGGAUGUGCUGAGCAACGAAGAAGUGGUGGAAGUUGUAGCAUCAGCUACAAGCCGGGCAUCAGCAGCUAGACUCGUGGUGGAUUCAGCUGUACGCGAAUGGAAACUUAAGUACCCGACUUCGAAGAUGGAUGAUUGUGCAGUUGUGUGUUUGUUUCUAGAUGGCAGAAUGGACUCAGAGUCAUCAGAUAACGAAGAACAAUGCUUCUCUUCGGCGACAAACGCAGUAGAAUCAGACGAAAGCCAGGGAGCAGAACCGUGUCUUCAGAGAAACGUCACAGUCAGAUCAUUAUCAACGGAUCAAGAAAACAACAGUUACGGUAAUGUGAUUGCAGAGACUGAUAAUGCAGAGAAGCAGAAGACGGUAGGAGAACAGAACUGGUCAGGACUAGAAGGUGUUACUCGAGUGAACUCUCUUGUUCAACUUCCGAGAUUCCCUGGAGAGAAACCUUGAGACAUGGCUUUUGAUUGUUUUCAGAACUGAUUUUGGUCAGGAAAAAAAAAUGUCUUCUGCUCAACAUAAUCUUCUUUAUUGCUUCAAGUGAAAUGCCUGAAGCUCCGAAUAUGGAAUCCUUAAAAGUAUAUGUAAAUGUCUUAGGUCUUUAGUCUCUCUGCUUGAUGAUGAACUCUUGAAAAAGAUUAAAACUUUGUGUGAGAU